UGCCGGGCCAGCACCGCAGGGACGAGGAGGGAGCAGGCUGGAACCAGGGCAGGGUGCGGGAUACCGGCCCCAAGGGAGGCAGGAGCUGGUGCGGGGCCAGGCAGGCGGGCGGCCCGAGGUCUGCGCAGGAGGGUGUGGGCAACCUCCCUGGGGCGGCGGCAGGGCCUUCGCCCACAGGAAGUGGAGCUGCCCUGCUCCCCGGUGCAGCCCCACCCUCUACCUGCCCCCUGCCACGCCUCUGCGCUCUAUCGGGCCAGCUGAAGACGGCUAAUGGGGAAAAGUCACCUUGAACCCCGAAGCCCAAAGCGGCGCCCUUCCUUCCAGCACAUCACCUCCUCCGGUAGCACCGACUCAGCCCCCCUGAGCUGAGUUCUCCCAUCGGGCAGAUGGGGUGAUGCUUCGGCUCUGAAGACAGAUAUGGGACCCUCUGUCAGGAGGGGGCUCUCAGGCCAGCAGGUUGGGCAUCCCUGCAUUGAAAAUCCAACAUCUGAAAUGCUCCGGCAUCUGGAACUUUCUGAGCACCGUCAUUCCCAUAAGCGGGAACUUCUGCUCCGGACCUCAGGGCAUGUAUGUAAGAUGGGGAAACUCAGGCCCAGUAAGUGGGUCAGAACAAAGAUCCGACGGACAAGGAAGGCAUGCUGUGCGUCCCUCCUAAACAUCAGGUGCUCCAGCCUGCCUCACUGUCUCUGGAGAACCCAGCCUGUGACACGAGCAUACCCAGCCAAGGAUGUGGGUGAGGUCUCCGGCUUACAAACGCCAGAUGAGGCCCGUCGAUCUCCUCAGGGCACUGUCAGGCAGAGGGCAUCCAAGGUGGAAGGACCCACGGACUGCAGCAGGUCACGAGGCUACCACCCUCUGAGGACUCGGUUCUCCGUUCCCGCACAGAGGGUCUGUGAUGCGAAAACACCCACAUUUUGUCCCACCUCGGAGUCACUGGCGGCACCCUGGAAAAAUGAAGGCUGGGGAAUGGAGGAUGCAGGCUGUCCAGCCUUGGGACAAGGGGUGACUGCCCCUACCCUGAGCUAUGGAGAACAGGCAAGCUCCAUGUUCAGGACCCAAGCAAAGCCUUCAGAGAUGCUGAGCCUCUUAACUGGCCUCUGGGAUGCCUUCUCUAGAGCAGAAGGUCCUGUCACAGCCAUGCUGCCAGGCCCCAGCACUUCCGAUGUGCAGACGGCAAAGCAGAGCAGAGAUGAAACCGAGGACAGCACCCUGGUGAACCACGCCGUCAGGAACUGA